GUAGGGAAAAAUGGCGAUGGUCGCUGUGUUCCCGACUCUGGCGCGGGUGAGGAGAGCGGAGAUUCUAGUGUCCCGGGCGGGCAGCAUUGGGCACUGAGUUUCGUCUUUCUCCGUGACCUUGGAGGCCAUAGGGAGCCUCUAGCUGCCUCAUAGUACAGGGCGAGGGCAGACUCAAGAUGCUUGCUCUGUCAAGGCGCAACCUGUUAUCUCCUUUGCUUGGCGUGACAUCAUUCAGAUGCUCCUAUAGAGGUGACAGCCCAGCAGAUUCACAAAAUGACGUGAUUGAAAUCCCUUUGCCUCCAUGGCAGGAAAGAAAUGAUGAAUCCAUAGAAACCAAAAGAGCCCGCCUGCUCUAUGAGAGCAGAAAGAGAGGAAUGUUGGAAAACUGCAUCCUCCUUAGCCUCUUUGCUAAGGAACAUCUGCACCACAUGACAGAGAAGCAGCUGAACCUCUAUGAUCGCCUGAUUAAUGAGCCUAGUAAUGACUGGGAUAUUUACUACUGGGCCACAGGAGCAAAACCAGCCCCAGAAAUAUUUGAAAAUGAAGUCAUGGCACUGCUGAGAGACUUUGCUAAAAACAAAAACAAAGAGCAGAGACUGCGUGCCCCAGAUCUUGAAUACCUCUUUGAAAAGCCACGUUGAGCUGUGCACCACUACCUGGCAUGGGGGGCUCAGUCUGUGGACGGAAACUGCUUAUGAUGGACACUAGCCUUAACUUCCUGCUGCUUCUUAGACACUCAAAUCGCUCCCCCUUGGCCCCCCACAGGCUGUUGGUCCUGCCUCAAGGAAUGGACAUACGUCUCUCCCAGGACACACAUGUAAAUGUUCAGUGUGACUCACUCUAACACUUUUUUGUUCAGUUCUGAUUCUCAGAAGUGGAUCAUCAGUGUUGCCGGCACUUGGGCUUGACUGCUUUGUCUGGCUGCCGUCUCCGGAGGCAGGUCUGCCACAAGAGGGCAGCGUAGGGGAAGCGAUCAUGCUAGCUCAUUGCUUCAACCCCAAGUGUGCUCAAGGAAAAGAGGCAGCCAGAUGCCCUCCCUCCCUCCAUCUCCACCCCCAGAGGCCCUGGGCUUUGUGGAAGUGAAAUUCCCCCUUCCAACCUGGUAUGGUCCUUUCUGCCAAGGGAAGCUGAUCCCGGCCCCCUGAUCUGAAUUUGUCAAAGGCACAGAAGGCAGAAUGAGGGCAGCUAGCAGGAAUGGCGUGGGCAUGCUGCUUAAGAGUCAACAUCCUCCUCGUCAGAUUUUCUUUAAAAUGUGCACUUUGUAAGUUGAAAGUUAAUUGAAUAUUAAAGAAUAUUGAAAAAGGAAAAUUUA